UAAACAAUGGUUAAAUUCGAUUGGCAGGUUAUUUCUUAACAACAAAAUAACUUAAAACAUUAAUAAUUUAGAAAUAUUCUAUUUUGAUAGUAUUUAGUUUAAACAAUAAGUAUAUUUAUUUUUUCUAAAUUUUCUAAAUAUGUUAGAGAAAACUCAUAUUAACGGUCACAUUUUAUUUAACGUUAAACUGCAUUAAUUAAUUUCUUAUGUUCACUUGAAAAUACGUUUAUGUUUGUGUUUGAGUGUUUAAUCUCUUAUAAAUAUGAGACAAAAUUUCAUUCUAAAAUACCAGAUACAAACAUUUUAAUAUAUUAUAUUAAUAACAUUUGCCACUUAUUUCGAAAACAUUGGCACAAUGGCUCACACUUCUUCCCGAACUACUAUCGUAUUCAUUGUUGUUGCUUUGAUUUGUGCGUUCGUUCCUGCAUUCUCUGUUGAAGAAGCUGAAGCAAAAUCACUAUGGGAUACCUGUCUUCUUAAAAUCAGUCCAAAAUGUGCGUUGGAUAUAAUUGGUGUUGUCUUUGAAAAUUUAACCAUCACUGAUGCAUGUUGUCAUGAUCUUGUACAAGAAGGAAAAAUGUGUCACGAUACUCUUAUCAAAUAUAUUGCUGAGAAGCCGCAUUUAGUUGCCCACGAAACAGAGUAUUUGAAGAAAAGUGAUGAUUUGUGGACUCAUUGUGUCUCAGUUUCGCAAACUGCUUAA